AUGUCGCAUUCAUACUCCCAAACCAGAAAUGACAGUCUCACCGCACCCCGAGACUCACUAGAACUCGCCUCCCUCGCCUCCUCCUCCCCCGUCUCCAUAGCCGGGUCCACACGCUCCUCCUCCGACGGCAUCUCCUCAUCCCGCAAGCUCUCCCUCGAAGACGAAGACCCGCUCGGCGAGUCGCACGGAGACGGCGAGCUCGAGACCGGCCGUCGCCACAGAGCCCUCAGCACAUAUUCCAUAUCCUCCGCUUUCGAUUUCGGGCGCACUCUUUUCCCGCUGUCGCAAACACAAGGUGGCUAUGCGCCCCUAGGCACCCCGUCCGCAGAGACACCGGGCUUGGAUGGAUCGCUGGAGCGGAAUAAGACAUUGACGUACCUCAAUGGGCUGUCGCUUAUCGUUGGCUUGAUUAUUGGUUCUGGGAUCUUCUCGUCGCCGAGUCAGGUCAAUGCUAACGCGGGGUCACCGGGGGCUUCGCUCAUUGUUUGGGCGGUGGCUGGUCUGCUUGCCUGGACGGGUGCGGCGAGCUAUGCGGAGUUGGGAGGUGCGAUUCCGUUGAAUGGGGGCUCGCAGGUGUAUCUGUCUAAGAUCUUUGGAGAGUUGACGGGGUUUCUCUUUGCUUGGUGUGCUGUGUUGGUGUUGAAGCCUGGGUCUGCUGCGAUUAUCUCGCUCAUCUUCGGCGAGUAUCUCGUUCGGGCGUUUGUGGGUGCGGACGUGGGUGAUCUAAGCCCGUGGAUUAACAAGGGCGUUGCGCUUGGAGGGCUACUGGCCGUGACUCUGCUCAAUUGCAUAUCGACCAAGUUCGCUACCCGCAUUGGGGACUUUUUCUUGUUCUUCAAGUUCAUUGCUCUGCUGGGAGUUACCGUUAUAGGUAUCAUUGUUGCUGUGACUGGCUUUUCGUCGAAAGGAAGCGCAAAUGAAGAAUGGAAGAAUACCGGCUGGUUCGAGGGAACCAACACCGAGAUCUCGGAUUUCGCAGUGGCAUUGUAUGCCGGUCUCUGGGCAUUUGACGGCUGGGACAAUACCAACUACGUGACAGGCGAGUUCAAGAACCCGAAUCGCGAUCUGCCGCGGGUGAUUCACACAGCAAUGCCCCUGGUCAUCUUGUCCUAUCUGCUCGCCAAUGUCUCAUACUUCCUCGUCCUGCCUCACUCCGUCAUUGAGGCCAGCAACACUGUCGCCGUGCAGUUCGGCGCAAAGGUAUUCGGCCCCGUCGGAGCUCUAGUCCUAGCCCUAGUCGUUUCAGCCAGUUGCUUCGGCGCUCUCAACGCAACCACCUUUACAAGCGGCCGACUGGUCUACGCCGCCGGCAAGGAAGGAUAUCUCCCUUCUAUCUUCGGCCGCAUCGGCCUCCACGCCUCUGCCACAGGUCCUCCCCCAGGUAGCCGACUCCGCCACCGCUCCUGGGCGCGCAAAUCCCUCUCUCGUCUGGUCGGCGAUGAAUCCAGACUCGGCUUCACGCCUAUAUAUGCCAUGGCCUUCCACAGCGCUCUGACAGUUAUCUACAUUGUUGUUGGCGAGUUCGGCACCCUCGUCACUUUCUACGGUGUCGCCGGUUACACCUUCUACUUCCUCACCGUUCUCGGUCUGAUUGUUCUCCGGAUCCGUGAACCACACUUGGAACGACCAUAUCGCACUUGGGUUACUACGCCGAUUAUCUUCUGCUGUGUUAGUCUGUUCCUCCUCAGUCGGGCUGUCAUCUCUGAGCCUUUGCAGACUCUCAUUGUCGUCGCUUUCAUCAUUACUGGUGUGCCGGUCUACUACUGGCGUAUUCACCAGCGAGAUGGACACAUUGAUCUUCCUAAUUGGAAGUUCUGGAAGCGUAACCCAUAA